UUUCUAGACUUCCACCUCCCCCGACAUUGCCCUAAGCCGGAGUCUCAGGCAGUCUUAUCCCAGCACGGUGGCGUCCAAGGACGCAGGCCUACUGCAUUCCUCCUCCCUCAUUCUGUUGCCGCUCUCUGCCUUUCUUUCAGGUUUUCUAAAUCAACAAAGAUUUGAAGACGUUGCCAAGUUUUCUCUGGCUUCUUUGCUUCCAGAAGAGUGAAUUCACGUUUUUCAUUUUCCGGCGAAACUAUUUGGCUUGGGUUGGUUUACCUUUACUUCGUCGAUUUUGUUCUUUCUUCUAUUUGUUUGCAGAGUGCUCCACCCCCACCCAAGUUCUUGCUUCAGGUGGUAUCCCCCCCCUUUAUGAAUAGGAAAUAAUAGCUUUGGGAUCACAAGUCCCACAUUGUAAUGGGGAUGAUUGCCGCUUCACUACGGGUGUUGAAUGUUCAUCCUUCCCUCUUUUAUGCUGUUUAUUUAACUGGGCAUUUUUUUGGCCGUCAUCACGACUUCUUUGUGUGCUGCUUUUCUAUGGCGACGGCCGAGACUUAUCUUCCGUUCUUACUAUAAACUAUUGUUAUGCACUCCACAGUAAUUGUUGAGUGCUUACGGAUGUUAAAAAAAAAAAAAUCACCAUUUGUCAGCUGUCGACAAGUUGCAUCAUUUUCUUCGUCUAUUAUGUUGUUUAUAAUUUAUAGUUCCCCAAAUUUUACAGGGUCUGUAUACAUAUGAAUGGCGUGGAGAGAGCUUGGAAGAAAGAGACUAUAUAUGAACUUUGCCAGAGCUCUGGCUUUAGUGCCAUCUAGGCAUGUUGCAAGGUCAUGCUCUUCAUCUACCUUUGCAGCAAAAUCUGCUUAUGCAUCAGCAGGAUGCUUAACUGAUUUUAUCAACCGCUCAUCUGCAGGAGCAGCUGGUUUUUGCAAUGGAACAAAAGAACAUGGAAUACGAUAUAGUAGGUGGUUCCGUGCUAAUCCAGAACUCUGGGCAAGAAGAAAUGAUGAGUUAUUUGGUUUGAAGUCUCCAAAGAAGGAGAAGCGUGUGAGAAGGGACAGUAAACAGCAACCCCCUGUUGAAGCUCCUUAUGUUCCUCAGAAUGUGGUCAAAUCUACCAAAUCCGUUCCUGAUAAAACAAUUGAAAUAUUUGAAGGCAUGACUAUUGUUGAGCUGGCAAAGCGUACUGGAAAGUCAGUAUCUUCUCUGCAAGAUAUUCUGGUAAAUAUUGGGGAAAAAGUUGAAUCAGAGUUUGAGCCUCUCAGUGUUGAUAUUGCAGAGCUUGUUGCGAUGGAAGUUGGUGUCAAUGUUAAGAGGCUACAUUCUACUGAAGGUACAGAGAUUUUACCACGGCCUGCAGUUGUAACAGUGAUGGGUCACGUUGACCAUGGUAAAACCUCCCUUCUUGAUGCUUUGCGUCAAACAUCAGUAGCAGCCAAGGAGGCUGGGGGCAUAACUCAGCAUCUAGGUGCCUUUGUGGUGGCCAUGCCAUCUGGAGCAUCAAUCACAUUUCUGGACACACCUGGUCAUGCUGCAUUUAGUGCAAUGCGGGCAAGAGGUGCUGCAGUCACAGAUGUGGUAGUGCUUGUGGUUGCUGCAGAUGAUGGUGUGAUGCCUCAGACACUUGAAGCUAUAUCCCACGCGAAAGCAGCUAAUGUACCAGUAGUAGUUGCAAUAAAUAAAUGUGAUAAACCAGGAGCAAAUCCUGAAAGAGUAAAGCUUCAGCUUGCAUCAGAGGGCUUGUUGCUGGAAGAGAUGGGUGGGGAUGUUCAGGUGGUUGAAGUUUCUGCAAUUAUGAAAACUGGACUGGAUAACUUAGAGGAAGCUUUGCUCCUUCAGGCUGAAAUGAUGGAUCUGAAGGCUCGAAUUGAUGGCCCUGCUCAAGCUUAUGUGGUGGAAGCUAGACUUGAUAAAGGACGAGGUCCAUUAGCUACUGCUAUUGUGAAGGCAGGGACUCUAGUUUGUGGUCAGCAUGUGGUUAUAGGCUCAGAAUGGGGCAAAAUAAGGGCUAUUAGAGAAGUGACAGGUAAGUUGACUGACAGAGCAACACCUGCUAUGCCUGUUGAGAUUGAAGGGCUUCGGGGGACUCCCAUGGCUGGUGAUGAUGUUAUUGUUGUUCAUUCAGAAGAGCGAGCACGAUUGCUUAGUGCUGGCAGGAAAAGGAAAUAUGAGGAGGAUAGGCUUAAGAAAAUGGUCCAGGAAAAGACAGAUUCUAUGGAGUCAUCUGAGGAUGGUCCUCAGAGGGUUGAAUUGCCAAUAGUAGUGAAAGCUGAUGUUCAGGGAACUGUCCAAGCUGUUACAGAUGCAUUGAGAACUUUAAAUAGUUCUCAGGUUUUCGUGAACGUUGUCCAUGUUGGUGUAGGGCCUAUUUCUCAAUCUGAUGUGGACCUAGCACAGGCUUGCGGUGCAUGCAUAGUUGGGUUCAAUGUGAAGAGUCCACCUAGUCCUGUCACUCAGGCAGCAGGCCGUGCCAAUAUAAAGAUAGUGCUGCACCGUGUGAUUUACCACCUCUUGGAGGAGAUGGGGAAUUUGAUAAUAGAGAAGGCCCCAGGGACGUUUGAAACCCAGGUAGCCGGGGAGGCAGAGGUGCUGAGCAUAUUUGAGCUUAAAGGGAGGAGCAAGUCCAAGGGGCCUGAUGUGAAGAUAGCCGGCUGUCGGGUCACCGACGGUUGUGUGACAAAAUCAGGAAUCAUGAGGCUUCUGAGGAGCGGGGAAGUGAUGUUUGAAGGUAACUGUGCGUCCCUGAGAAGAGAAACGCAGGACGUAGAGACUGUGAAGAAGGGAAGUGAGUGUGGGCUUGUAAUAAGUGACUGGCGCGAUUUCCAGGUUGGAGACGUCAUACAGUGUUUGGAACAAGUGGUGAGGAAGCCCAAGUUCAUUAAGUCGCAGAGUGGUGCUGUUCGAAUUGAGUGUUGAUUAUCCUCUCAACCCCAUUUUUGACGAUUAUACGCAAUAUACUUUUGACCCUUUCCUACUUCCAUGGGCGCAAACAAAGGAUCCUAAUCAGACCUUUUAACUAUCCAAAUUUUUUAUUUCAAUUUUGAUGAGCAUUUGUUAUAGGUGGAAGGAUCUUGUAUCUGGUUAUUGAUAGGGUUUUCUUGAGAGACAAUAACAGUGAAGUGCCAGAACUUUUAAUUAAUGACAGUUAGGUUUCCUGAA